AUGGCAUUGUUAUGGAAUGAUGAUAAUCACAGAUCAGCGCUACACCACAUUCAAAAUUUUGUAACCGGGUUUGGUAACGUAUCACAAAUAGAAAGUUAUAAAAUAGAUAAUUCACUUGUUACAGCUUUAGUUGAAAGAUGGAGCCCUGAAAUCCACACAUUUCAUCUUCCAACGGGUGAAUGUACCAUAACAUUAGAAGAUGUUGCGUUGCUUCUUGGCUUACGUGUUGGGGGUAAAGCUGUAACUGGAUCAACUAUGGUGUCAUGGGCAGAUGAUUUUUUAGAUUUGUUAGGAGUCAUGCCACCUGAAUCACAAAGAAAAGGGAAUUUUAUAAAAUUAAAAUGGUUGAGAGAAACAUUUUUAAUGUUAACUCCAGAAUCAUCUAAUGAAGAAAUAAUUAUACAUUGUAGAGCAUACAUUUUACAAUUGAUUGGCGGCAUAUUAAUGUCUGACAAAUCCCACAACAGAGUACAUAUUAUGUGGUUGCACUUGUUGAGAGAUUUGCGAGAGACAGGAGAAUAUAGUUGGGGUUCAGCGUGCUUGGCCACACUUUAUAGAGAAUUGUGUCAUGCAGCUGAACCCGGUGUUAUGUCGUUCGACAGAUGUUCAUAUCUACUUCAAACGUGGGCAUGGUACCAUAUGCCGUUUCUUGCACCAAUAAGUAAUCUUGAGCCUCGUUUUCCAUUCGCAAAAAGAUAUAGUGGAAAGGGUAUGAAAUUUGGGGAUACACCUCGUUAUCAUACCGAUGGAUAUCGAUCAAAAAUUGAUCAUAUGACUGUUAACGAUGUAAUAUAUUAA